UGUGCCUUCUUAAGAAUGCUGAGGCUCCAUGUAUAUUGUAAUCCAAUUGCUGGAUGCAGACAGGUUAAAUUGGGUAUUACACAUGGAUCAUGGCUAAUUCAUCAGAAUCAUAAAGAGUGGAGAAUCUUACGAAAUAAUUCUGUCAAAGCUCUAAGAAAGGAACCAAAUGAAGGUGCGAAAGGUGGGUUACCGAGUCAGAGCUGGGACCCGGGACUGGAGAUCGAGGUUCCAUUUGAGCAGCGCCCGGUCAAUGAGUACUCAUCUUUGAAGGAAGCAACCUUGUAUUCAUGGGCAGAGUUGAGUCCAUCUUCCUUUUUCCAGCGGCUCGGAGGUCUGUGGUUAACAACCUUUACAAUUCUAGGGAUGCCAGUUGCAGCUGCUAGCUUUAAUCCUUCAAAGGAACCUUUAAGAUUUUUAUUAGCUUCGGGAACAGGAACCCUAUUUCUGGUGUCACUCAUUGUCCUGAGGAUCUAUCUGGGAUGGAGCUAUGUAGGUGAUAGGCUUUUAUCAGCAGUAAUACCCUACGAAGAGAGUGGAUGGUAUGAUGGACAGAUGUGGGUGAAGCCACCAGAGGUUCUAGCUCGUGACAGGCUGCUGGGAUCCUACAAGGUGAAACCAGUUAUCAAAAUGUUGAAGCAAACACUGGUUGGAACUGGAACGCUGCUUGUAUCUGGAGUCUUGCUGAUCAUCUUUGCCGCACCAGUACAGAAUUAUUUCCAGGCCACUUUCACUAGAAAAGAUAUAUUUCUUAAUGCUCCAACCACAAAUGUCAAUUCAAAAUUUAAUAGAAGAGAGGAGUUGCUGAGUUUGCCACUGGAGGUAAAGGAAGAUGACGACCUGGCAGCAGCUGCCGCAGAGGCAGCUGAUGGGAGGCCAGUAUACUGUAGAGAUAGGUAUUACCGAGCAUUAGCAGGUGGGCAAUAUUGCAAAUGGGAGGAUCUACUAAGAUAGAGUGUCGAACUACACUGUCUUUGUUAAUUUUAGAUUAUAAAUGAUCAUGUCUAUAUAGGAUUUGUACACUACAUUUCGUUUCGGUAUCUCAGAUUAUAAGGGUGUGUGGAAUGAAGUAUCUGCAUGAAAGAGCAUCUCCCAAAA